AGUGACAGAAGACGUGGAGACUAAACGGUGCGUGUCAGCAUCUGUUAGAACACAUUGCUUUGAUGGAAGGACACUAGGAAAUGUCUUGGAUUGAGCAACUAAAAGAACAUUGCUUUAGGUUAUAUGAAAGAAAUGCUUCCUCGUCUCUAAGGUCUACGAGAAACACUGACUUGAAGAGGAUCGAUGGAUUUUGCACCAAGCCACAAGAAAGUUCCAAAGCUCCAACCCAAUCUUACAAACACAGAGUGCCACUGCACAAACCCACAGACUUCGAGAGGAAGAUACUGUUGUGGUCAGGACGCUUCAAGAAGGAGGAAGAAAUCCCGGAGACAAUCUCGUUUGAGAUGCUUGAUGCUGCAAAGAACAGGCUCCGGGUGAAGGUCAGCUAUUUAAUGAUUGCCCUGACAGUGGCAGGAUGCGUCUAUAUGGUUAUUGAGGGCAAGAAGGCAGCGAAAAGACAUGAGUCUUUAACAAGCUUGAACCUGGAAAGGAAAGCCCGUCUGAGAGAGGAGGAAGCUAUGAAGGCCAAAACAGAGUAGAAGGAUUUGUGCUGGAUUUGGAAAAGCUGGGAGUAAGGUUGCAAUAACAAGCGUGCACUGGAAAGAAUGUGGUACGGCACACGCUUUGCACAAAUUUAUUCCACCUCCCCACUUCUGCUGUAGAGGAACAAAUACAUUUUCUUAAAGAA